AUCGUCUUCUGCCUGCGCCGGUGCCAAUCCACCAUGAUCCAUCUGGCAUCCAAGCAUUUUGCCCCGCUGCUUUCGCGACGGACGGUGUCUGCGCUGCGUUCAAGUCUUCGCUCCUGUACCCCACGCUCUCCCCUCUCGACCUUGGCCCAGAAUCAGCUGGAGCAAUUCCAAGUCGGUCGAGUUGUCCAUGGCUUUAGGGUUGUGCAGGUCAAGCCGAUUCCAGACUUUGAUCAGGUGGCCGUGCGAUUGAAACACAUCAAAACCAAUGCCGACUACCUCCAUGUUUUCAAGGACGAUGCCAACAAUGUGUUUAGUGUCGCUUUCCAGACGGCGCCAAGGGACAGCACCGGUGUCCCGCAUAUUCUUGAGCAUACUACGCUCUGUGGCAGCGAAAAGUAUCCCGUCCGCGAUCCUUUCUUCAAAAUGCUCAACAGAUCCAUGGCGACGUUCAUGAAUGCGAUGACUGGCUCGGAUGUGACCAUAUAUCCAUUCUCGACGGAAAACAAAACCGACUUUUACAACCUGAUGGAUGUGUACAUGGACUCAACUCUGGCCCCUCGACUUCAAAAGUUUGAUUUCCUACAAGAGGGAUGGCGCUUGGAGCAUCAAGACCCUCGAGAUGCCAGUACUCCCAUCGUGUUCAAGGGUGUCGUGUACAACGAAAUGAAAGGAGCACUGUCGGAUAUGAAUUCACUCUUUGCUCAGCGUCUACAGCAGUACAUGUAUCCCAGUACCACAUACUCCACCGUCAGCGGAGGAGAUCCUAUUGAGAUCACCGAUCUGACCCAUGAGCAGCUAGUCGAUUUCCACCACAAAAACUAUCACCCAAGCAACGCCAAAUUCUUCACUUAUGGCACGUUCCCAUUGGUCGAUCACCUCUCCAAAAUCGAUGCUUCGAUCUCGGUCUUCGAAAAGAUCCAGCCCGAGCAGCUGAAUGAUACCGAACGGUGGUCUAAGCCAAGAAAAAUGAUAGUUUCCAGUGUACCAGAUGCCUUGGCCAUCGAUGGACGCGAGUCAAAGGUGGCCAUUUCGUAUCUGGUGAACGACUCGAACGACAUCUUUGAGACUUUCGUCCUGCGAGUUAUCUGUUCGUUGCUCACUGAAGGGGCGGCCUCGCCCAUGUACAAGUCCUUGAUUGAAUCCGAUCUCGGCACCGACUACGUGAUGGGAAGCGGAUACGAUUCGACUGCCAGACUGGCCAAGGUUUCGUUUGGGCUGCAAGGGAUCCGGUCGGAAGACGCUCCGAGGGUUGAAGAUGCUAUCCAAAACACCCUUGCAGAUGCCGCUCAGCACGGAUUCGAUGCCCAUCGCGUCGAGAGCGUUAUCCACCAGAUGGAACUUGGCUUGAAGCACCGCACCGCCAACUUUGGCAUGGGAUUGGCGCAGGCGAUCAUCGGACACUGGAUUCAUGGUGGCGAUCCCAUCGAGGCUAUGGAAUUUUCAAAGUAUAUCGAUCAACUCCGGCGCGAGGCCGCGACACCGGGUUUCUUUGAGAGUAGGAUCCGCCGAUAUUUCAUCGACAACCCUCAUCGCCUCACCUUGGUCAUGCAACCCGAGGAGUCGUUCGUCGAUGAGCAGGAGCAAGAAGAGGCCAAUCGCCUGGAAAGAAAGCUUGCAGCCUUGACCAAGGCCGACAAAGCACAGAUAUACAGCGACGGAAUUGAGCUGCUCAAGAAGCAAGAAGAAACCGAAGAUCUAUCAUGUCUGCCGACCUUGACCGUCAAGGACAUCUCACCCCAGGGCAAAACGUACCCCCCCAAACAUGCGAGUGUGGCAGGACUCCCUGUGCAGUGGCGGACAACCGACACCAACAGGGUUUCAUAUGUGAAUCUCGCAAAGUCGCUUUUGCGCCUUCCCGAAGAGCUCAAAUCGUACCUGCCGUUGUUUUGCAUGGCCUUGGGCAAAACGGGAACCACGAACAAGUCGCUUGCCGAGCUGGACGAGCAGAUUCGCCUUCUGACCGGCGGCAUCGAGGCGUCGUACACGGCGCACGCUAGCCCGCAAAGUCUCACAACGUCACAUGAGGAUAUCUUGGUGGCAACUUCGUCACUUUCUUCCAACAUCUCAUCCUCGUAUGAUCUUCUCUGUGAAGUCAUCCAGAACACCAACUGGCAUGACACCGAGAGACUCAUGACCAACAUUCGGCUGGCGCAAAGCAACUAUGCCAGCUCCAUCGUUGAGAACGGCCACGGCAUCGCCAUGUCAUGGGCGGAGGCAACAAUGACCCGAGCAUCGUGGUUGAAUGAACUCACGGGGGGAUUCUCGCAGGCAGAGUUCUUGAACUCGCUUGCGGCAAAGUCGCCGGAGGACAUCCAGGGCGUUUCGGAUUCUCUCAAGAGGAUCUCUGAAUUCGUCUUGAACGAGUCUGAGACAAGCCGUGCGGCUGUCGUUUUGAGUCCUCAAGAUCAGCCGACCCACGAACGGCAGUUGAUCAAGCUUGUCGAUCGACUCAAACUCCAUAGCAAUGCUUUCGAACGGACAGGAGCACAGAUCCCGUUUGUACCCAAGUACCGCAACACCUUGAUUGCCCUGCCCUAUCCCAUCAACUUUGCCGCUCAGACAUUCCUCGGUGUUCCUCUGGUCCACAAAGACUCGCCAUCGCUCCAGAUUCUUGCGUCGUUGAUGACGACCCACUUCUUGCACCGAGAGAUCCGCGAGAAAGGCGGCGCGUAUGGCGGCGGCGCCCGCUACUCGGCUCUUGACGGCACCUUCAGUUUCUACUCGUAUCGUGAUCCCCCUGGCGCCAAGCGGACCCUCGAUGCGUUCGAAAGCUCGAUCAACUGGGCUGUCGAUAUCAGAAAAUCGCUCGGACAGCGGGAACUCGAUGAAGCCAAGCUGUCAAUCUUUUCCCAAGUCGACUCCCCUGUCAAUGCUGGUGACGAAAGUAUGACACUGUUCAAGUACGGUGUGACGGACCACAUCCGCCAAAGUCGCCGGGAGCAGCUGUUUGCUGUGACAUUGGAUGAGGUCGAACUUGCGGCACAGACCUAUCUCCUGGAGCCGCUCCGGAAGGGCCACUCCAGCAAAACUGUGCUUGGAGACCGCCGAGAAGCGGAGGGCGUCGAAGGAUGGACGAUUGUGGACAGCAGUGCUGGGGGCGAGUAUUAGGAGUCAUCGGAAGGGGGGGGCUACUUGGGAAGGUGUUACUUGAGAGCGUGCUGCCUCAAUAUACAGCCAGCAUACACUGCUGUUGGUCGCA